AUGCAGGCAGGGGUUGUCAGUAAAUGCCAGGGAGCUCUGGGCCGCAAGCCGGCCUCGUAGGCUGGAACUUUACAAUAACAGACACAAUUUAGGCUUUUCCUGUUGGCAGUAUGGCAUGCAAAUCAGGUCUCAUCUACUCUACUGUGUGUACUGUAGUAGUAAGCUGCUUCUCUGGGACUCUUGUCAGGCCCUAGGUUGGGUUUACACUCAAGUGAAGAUGGAGCAUGUCUAUCACCAUGACAGGGUCGCAGCUGUCAUUGGCCAUGCUUUGUUAGGAGUGUGCCGCUGUCCAUCAAAUUAGCUGGAAUGGUAGAGUGCAUUGGUCUGUGUGUGUUUUAGUCAAUGUUUUAGUUAUGUGGACCAAGACCUAGGCAGGUUUUAAUAAAAUGAAUUUGGCUAUCAUGUUAUUUGCCAAAGUCUUAGCACUGAAUGUGAAUCGUCUUUACAUAUACUUUGAGCACACUCACCCUUUCUCCCUUCCUUGCACGAUUCAAACGUCUCUCUCUCUCUGUCUCUCUCUCCCUCUUCCUCCCACCCUCUCUCUUUCUCUCUGUCCCUCUUCCUCCCACCCUCUCUCUUUCUCUCUGUCCCUCUUCCUCCCACCCUCUCUCUUUCUCUCUGUCCCUCUUCCUCCCACCCUCUCUCUCUCUUUCUCUCUGUCCCUCUUCCUCCCACCCUCUCUCUUUCUCUCUGUCCCUCUUCCUCCCACCCUGUCUCUCUCUCUCUGUCCCUCUCCCCCCUCUCUAUAUCUCUCUUUCUCUCUGUCCCUCUCUAUAUCUCUCUUUCUCUCUGCCACCCCACCCCCCACCCCCCUUAUAUAUUUCUCUCUCUCAUGGGGUGCACCUGUGUGCAGUGCACUGGAAGGAGGCAGGACAUUGGGAGUUAGGCUGGGGCCGGGGCCACUGAUUUGGAAGGGCCCUUCAGAGAGAAGGAGAGAGAGAGAGAGAGAGUGAUAAAGAGAGCGAGAAGAGAAUGUGUGCAGAUUACAUAAAGGGCAGUGGGCCCAGCUGGGCGUGCGAUGUGGAUGGGAAGGGAAGGGAAGGGAAGGGGCUGAGUGUGUGGAUCUGCAUGGGGCGGUCUGUCACCACAUUGCCUAUUUAGUGCUCUGCUUUUGACCAGGCCCUAUAGGGUGUAUGGAAUAGGGUGACAUUUGGGGCACAGCCUAGUAGCAAGGUCAGAGAGACAGCCUGGAGAGAGAAUCGGAACAGAUGGUGGAGUGGACAGGAGUUGGAAUAGAGCAAAUCCUAGAAAUAAUGUUACCUCUAUAGUUUACCAAGACUUUUCCAAUGUCUCAUGCAUGGAAACAAGUCAUAUCAGUGCUUGGUUAAGCCUAUGUAGAGCAUUUUAAGUCAAAGUUGUUAUGUUUUAUGUGCUGAGUUUGUUACUAUGAGUGAACUAUGAGUUGCAUCAUGUGUUGACAGACUUGGCUUCUCACAGGUGGAGAAGCUGGAGGUGGGAGGCCAGCCGGUCAGCAGGCAACAUGUAGCAACCCAGUCUGUCUGCCGUGUUGUGUUGUGUGGGUUGGCUGGACUCUCAUUCCACCCUGGGCCCUCUCAGCUGUACAGCUGCCCUGCCCUCGCCUCACACUGAGCAGGUGUGCUCCUCCUCCAGACUCUCAGCACUUAAAACACACUUGCACGCACACAUGCACACACACCACACACACACAGGCAUCACACUGAGGAGAGCAGCCUCCACACACACAUUCCCACACAUCCGCACAGGUGCAUAUGUCUCACACACUUAAUGGACAGCCAGAGAUAACUAAAUAAUAAUGUUAUUGAUAUGCAAGAGUUUUGUUUGCUGAUACUGUAUUAUUUAUCCUCUCUUUAGUUUACAAUUCAACACAGAGGGGUUGGGGAUUCUUGUGAAAAAGGUUAACUUUGUUUUUAAAUGUAACAUUUGGGCGCAACCAGACUCCAAACAUCACUAGGGGGCAAUCACGAAAAUAUGGGAUUUUUCUGUUGUUUUGUUUGUCUUUAUUUUUGCUGAUGAAUAAGUCUUCUGCCUGCGUGAGGCUGACUCUGCUGGGAGCAAUGGCCCAGGGAGCUCAGCAAGCAGGCUCAUAUGGUGCUGUUAGACCGUGUGUGUGUGCUCGUGCUUCUGCGUGUGUACUUAGCUUCCCAUAUCACUCUGACCGCACAUAAUAUCCAAUGUGCACACUCCCAGUGCACUCCAGGCCACACCGUAAGAGACACCAAAACCAAAAACCCACAGCAAUCCGAACCUUUGUCACAUUUAUGAUUACUAUAGUAUAACAUUUACCUGAAUGACUUGUGUUGAAAGUAUAACAUGUUAAAUACUUAUUAAUGCUUCUGUGGUGCCAUGGGAAGGAACAAGUGUUGCUCUGGCUGUGUGAGUUAGAGGCAGAUGAACGUAACAGAGUCUCAGUAGUGAACUUUUGGGGUUAGUGAGGUCAGGUCAGAACGAGGACCAUCUGACGCCAACAGAUGGAGGGAAGAAACUUCAAAUCAGGACGACAAGACCAAAUGUUGAUUUUGUGCACACAACGAACGGUUAUUUCAGUUUAAAUCAAGUUUGCUCCAAUGCGCCCACCUUGACUUCGGAGUUGUAACAUGCAAUGUAGAACUAGGCCUAUAACUGGACAAAAGGAAAGAAGUACUCUAGAAUUAAAUCAUUUGUGCAUUUUUGCCAUCUGCAAUUUUAGCCUAACUACUGCCUACAUGACAUCAACACUUUUUGUUAGUGUUGGGCAUCUACAAUGCAGCAUAGUGACUAUUCACUAGUACAGUAGCCUAUUUCACACUGUCUUGCUGGUUUGUAUUCAAUAUUGGUGCAAAGUGCACCUCGGAACUGUACAUUCAGCUAAAUGUACGUAGUUGGCCGAAUAGGCCUAUUCGUUGAGGUGUGUCUCAUUGAGCCUGGAGGUUGAAUAAAUACAGGUCUCUCUUAACGUUCAAACAUCUCUAACGUUCUUCUCUCUUUGUGUUCUAGAAUGGAGCUGUUCCAGGGGAACCCGUGAAGACGGAUAAGAACUCCAGGAGAGGGAACUGGGGGAACCAGAUAGAGUUUAUCCUCACCAGCGUGGGCUAUGCUGUGGGCCUGGGAAACGUAUGGAGGUUCCCCUACCUCUGCUACAGAAAUGGAGGAGGUACGUCUUCAUACUCAGAACACAUUAAUUAUAUAGUAGUAAUAACAGCAAUGCAUUCUAGUUUAUCCACAAUACCUUUUGCAGUGUUUUGAAAAUGUUGUCAAGUUUAAGUUUACGUUCCUCACAUUGUGUCAGAUGGAUCCAAGUCAUUCUUAGCUUCAUUCCCACUCAAUUCAAAUGUGUUCACUCCUACAGUUGUCUUUAGUCUUCUAUACAUUUUGGGACCAGGGAUCGCCAUAGAAGGGCACACAGAUACAUAGCUGAGUAUAGAGCCAAGGGGACUGGUGUAGCUCAUGGCUCUGCAGUAAUAACACCACAGUAGACUAUCAGCUGGCUGAGGCCUGGGCUACGUCCCAAAAGGCACCCUAUUCCCGAUAUUGUGCACUACUUUUGACCAAGGCUCAUAGGUAAAAAGAAGGCUCUGGUCAAAAGUAGUGCACUAUAGGGAAUAGGGAGCCAUUUGUGUCGCAGCCUGCUCCUCAAUCUCCAGUCCUUCCUUUAACCCAUGAUUUCAGACUAUAGUCCCAGAGGACAGGUUAUUCCCCAGACCCAGUGGCGCCCCGUUAAACCAAUCAAGCAGACAGAGGAUUGCUGCCUGGUUUAGCAUCACCCUCUGUCUGAUGCUCCCUGACCUCCUUCACCUCUUCUGGUUGGCAUAAACAUAAAUAUCGCUGACCUUGUAAUCUGACAACUCACUGCAUUAUGUUGCAGACAUAGGGAUGCCAACUUUUCUAUAUGAGCUAGGCAAUUUUUCUAUUCUAGACACAAACAUGACCUUAACAUUUGACUGCUCAUUCACUGUGCAUUACAUAGCAGAAAUAUGAUAUUGUCACAGCAUGGAAUGCCAAUUUUUCUGUAUAUUGUUUGAUUUUUCGUUUGAAUGACCAUUAGGUAAGCCAUUGGUUGUGAGCAAUAAUAAACAUAUGCAUACUUACAAUAAGUAAAAGUGUAAAGAUUUAAAUAACACAAAGCUGAAUUCUAAACAAUUUCAUACAAAUGUUUUGGCUUGACUAACUGUUGACCUGUCCCUGUAGAGUUGACUGACCCACAUGUUGUUGUUCUACAGGAGCCUUCAUGUUCCCCUACUUCAUCAUGCUUGUGUUCUGUGGGAUCCCCCUGUUCUUCUUGGAGCUCUCCUUCGGACAGUUCGCCAGCCAGGGAUGCCUGGGGGUCUGGAGGAUCAGCCCCAUGUUCAAAGGUGAGCCAGUUAACAACCACUGCUGCCAUUGGUCAGUCAUGUUCAAAGGCAAGCCAACAACCACUGCUGCCAUUGGUGAUUGGCAAUACAUCACUGCUAUUGGUCAGUGGCAUCCAACUAAUCACUGACUGUAUCUCAUGCUUAGGAAACUGAAAGAUGGAAACUAAAUGGCAACAUCUAUUGUCUGCUUGGAAUGCAUAUGCGUAACGUAAAAAUUGAAAAAGUAUUUUCAACAUUACUUCAGUCAGAGAAACCCACUCACCUGUUCAGCUCCUGGUAUCGUUCUAAUGUUGUUUCACUCCCUCUCCCUCACCAGGUGUGGGCUACGGGAUGAUGGUGGUGUCCACCUACAUCGGUAUCUACUACAACGUGGUGAUCUGCAUCGCCUUCUACUAUUUCUUCUCCUCCAUGACCAACCUGCUGCCGUGGACCUACUGCAACAACCCCUGGAACACGCCCACCUGCAACGGCGUGGUGACGCCCACGGGCAUCAACAACACCCUGGCCAACGUCACACGCAGCCUGGUCACCGGGGCCGCCGAGGUCGCCGUGGAGGUGGUCAAUAAGACCAAGAGGACCAGCCCCAGCGAAGAGUACUGGAAGUAAGGCCUAACCGGACCCGGAGUCAGUUAUCAAUCUUUAUUUGAAUCCCAAAAGAUCUUGUUCUAGAUAAGGGCUGUGACGAUACCUGUAUUGCACAUUGUUUAACAUGGUAAAAAUGAAGCAGACCAAACUUUUUGGUCUUUAAAAACCUGCUGUAUGUAAAAUAUUGUGAGCUAUAGCUUGGCAAAUAAAUAAAUGUGACUCUGGAUGACAACAUAAUGAUGUUUGUUUCCAAUAUUAGGGCUGUUUUCCUAAAUAAGUUAAUAUUGCGAUACUGGUAUUGUCCUGGCCCUAUUCUAGAUCUGUUGAGUGCUGGAAGUAAGGCCGAGUGUAGUAUGAAUUUUUUUUUUGUAUGCACUCACUAACUGUAAGUCGCUCUGGAUAAGAGCGUCUGCUAAAUGACAAAAAUUUAAAAACGUGUAGGGUUGCAAAAUCCCAGGUUUUCCAGAAGACCUGGUUGGAGAAUUCCAGAUUUCCUGCUUAUUCCUUUCUGAUUCUGGGAAUUUUAGGAGUUACCGUAAUUUUUCAACCUUACAGUACCUGAGUGGGAAGGUGUGGGCACGGCUGACUCUGACUCAGGUGUACUAGAUUAAAGAGACUGGAGUGGAAGCUGCAAGGGUUAAUACACACUAUUACUCCUAGAUACAUGUAUGUACAGUAAAGCAGCACCCGACGGGUUUUGGCAAAUAAAGUAUGUCUGACUAUGGGUUAACAAAAUAGUGUUUGUGUAUCUCUGUAAGGCUAUGUUUGAGAUGCUAGAUGCUUCAGUUGAUUUAAACAAGACCAGUCAGAAAAGAAAACAGUCAGGCAGGCAUGUUUGCCUUGCUAAUCUGGGCCUACGAUUAAUCAUCCAGCCUUCAACAAGCAUUACUCAUAGUUUACUGUGUCUGAAGUACACACCAUUAGAUGUUUAGUAUAUUUUCCUAGAAAAUAAUAUGAUCUGUAUUCCUAGUAAAUGGGGAGGAGUGUAGCUGUUUUAUGCCCCUAGCAUUGAGAAUAGGGCUCAUUCAAAGGAAGCAGUGUGGUUGGUUAAUGACUUUCUAAAUGUUUUGUGCUUAGCUUUCCGUCCGGGUGGGGCUGUCUCAGUCAGUAUAUCAUGAAAGGAGUCGUUGUUCCUGUCAACUGUCAGUAAAGAUAAUCCAUUGUGUUGGCACCAAGUUGUUUUUGGUCGUGCUGCUUCAUUGAAAUAUGGGCUUCGCUCGUUGAAUUACCAGGGUACAUCCGAACGAUACUUUUUCUCUAUCUUUCAUUAAGUAACGUAUUGCCAUUAUUUGUCCCUGCAGCACUGACUCUAUAUUCUACAUUUCUCUAUCCAGACGUUGUUGUUGUGAAUAGACACUGUGAUACGUUUUUUCCCUUCCCCACAGACACUACGUGCUGAAGAUCUCAGACGACAUCGGGAAUUUCGGGGAAGUCCGUCUCCCUAUUCUGGGAUGUCUGGCCGUGUCCUGGGUGGUGGUCUUCCUAUGUCUCAUCAGAGGAGUCAAGUCUUCAGGAAAGGUGAAGUUUCUUUUCUUUCUUUCUUUCUUUCUCUCUAGCUCUCUCUCUCUCUCACCUCCAAAUGUCAUUGUUUGGGCCAGUAGUUUUUCCUGGUCAAGUAACUUAGUCUAUGGUCAGGAAGAACUCCUGGUCAUAGUGUAUCAUUGACACACAUUAGGAGAUCUUCUCACUCAUUCUUAACCUCUCGAUGGUCCCCAGGUGGUGUACUUCACAGCGACGUUCCCCUAUGUGGUGCUGACCAUCCUCUUCAUCAGAGGCAUCACCCUGGAGGGAGCUGUCACCGGCAUCAAGUACUACCUGACCCCACAGUGGCAUAAGAUCCUUGACGCUAAGGUGUGGAUAAUCAUAUAGAAAUAACAUAAUUAUGUACAGUUGAAGUCGAAAGUUUACAUACACCUUAGCCAAAUACAUUUAAACUCAGUUUUUCACAAUUCCUGACAUUUAAUCCUAGUAAAAAUUCCCUGUCUUAGGUCAGUUAGGAUCACCACUUUAUUUUAAGAAUGUGAAAUGUCAGAAUAAUAGUAGAGAGAAUGAUUUAUUUCAGCUUGUAUUUCUAUCAUCACAUUCCCAGUGGGUCAGAAGUUUACAUACACUCAAUUAGUAUUUGGUAGAAUUGUCUUUAAAUUGUUUAACUUGGGUCAAACGUUUCGGGUAGCCUUCCACAAGCUUCCCACAAUAAGUUGGGUGAAUUUUGGCCCAUUCCUCCUGACAGAGCUGGUGUAACUGAGUCAGGUUUCUAGGCCUCCUUGCUCGCACACACUUUUCAGUUCUGCCCACAAAUGUUCUAUAGGAUUGAGGUCAGGGCUUUGUGAUGGCCACUCCAAUACCUUGACUUUGUUGUUCUUAAGCCAUUUGGCCACAACUUUGGAAGUAUGCUUGGGGUCAUUGUCCAUUUGGAAGACCCAUUUGCGACCAAGCUUUAACUUCCUGACUGAUGUCUUGAGAUGUUGCUUCAAUAUAUCCACAUAAUUUUCCUUCCUCAUGAUGCCAUCUAUUUUGUGAAGUGCACCAGUCCCUCCUGCAGCAAAGCACCCCCACAGCAUGAUGCUGCCACCCCCGUGCUUCACGGUUGGGAUGGUGUUCUUCGGCUUGCAAGAUCCCCCUUUUUCCUCCAGACAUAACGAUGGUCAUUAUGGCCAAACAGUUAUAUUUUUGUUUCAUUAGACCAGAGGACAUUUCUCCAAAAUGUAUGAUCUUUGUCCCCAUGUGCAGUUGCAAACCGUAGUCUGGCUUUUUUAUGGCGGUUUUGGAGCAGUGGCUUCUUCCUGGCUGUUGUUCUGGGAUUGAUUUGCACUUUUCGCACCAAAGUACAUUCAUCUUUAGGAGGCAGAACGCGUCUCCUUCCUGAGCGGUAUGACGGCUGCGUGGUCCCAUGGUGUUUAUACUUGCAUACUAUUAUUUGCACAGAUGAACGUGGUACCUUCAGGCGUUUGGAAAUUGCUCCUAAGGAUGAACCAGACUUGUGGAGGUCUACCAUUUUUUUUCUGCGGUCUUGGCUGAUUUCUUUUAAUUUUCCCAUGAUGUCAAGCAAAGAGGCAAUGAGUUUGAAGGUAGGCCUUGAAAUACAUCCACAGGUACACCUCCAAUUGACUCAAAUGAUGUCAAUUAGCCUAUCAGAAGCUUCUAAAGCCAUGAUGUCAUUUUCUGGAAUUUUCCAAGCUGUUUAAAGGCACAGUCAACUUAGUGUAUGUAAACUUCUGACCCACUGGAAUUGUGAUACAGUGAAUUAUAAGUGAAAUAAUCUAACUGUAAACAAUUGUUGGAAAAAUUACUUGUGUCAUGCACAAAGUAGAUGUCCUAACCGACUUGCCAAAACUAUAGUUUGUUAACAAGAAAUUUGUGGAGUGGUUGAAAAAACAAGUUUUAAUGACUCCAACCUACGUGUAUGUAAACUUCUGACUUCAACUGUAAUUCUAUGCCAUUACUGUAGUUAAGUACUACUUUAUAUGAGUUGUAAACAGUUACUCUUUAUUACUCGUAUAAUAGCUCUGUAGCUCUUCAUAGCGUAACGUUAUAGGCUUAUUGGCUUUCUCAUAACACAGCUGUUGAAAGAGACUGCUUGAUAAUCAGAUGUAAUAUGCCUCAGAUAUGAAAUAAGGGUGUUCUUCAGUGGUUGUAUUGACACGUUUGUCUGUCCAGGUGUGGGGAGACGCUGCCUCUCAGAUCUUCUACUCUCUGGGAUGUGCAUGGGGAGGGCUCAUCACUAUGGCCUCCUACAACAAGUUCCACAACAACUGCUACAGGUACUCUACUCUUCCUCUCCCCUCCCCUCUCCACUUUACUAUCAAAUAAACCCUGUGUGCGUCCCAAAUGGCACCCUAUGGGCCCUGGUCAAAAGUAGUGCACUAUAAAGAGAAUAAGGUACCAUUUGGGACGCAUCUCCUGUCUGAGUUCAGUGUUUUUUCUGGGUCAAAAAGGGGCUUAGGUGGUGUGAGUGGCAGGGGGUGUGGCAGAAGGCAUGGCAAUUAGCAUUUUUAGAGAACAUUUUAGGGCCCCCCAUCUUGGUGCUGUAGAGAAAUUUGAGCAUUUAUAGGCCAAAUUCCUGCAAUUCUACACAUUUCUCCAUGGAGCCGAGUUUGAAAGCUAAUUUCCUGCGAUUUUAUUCAUUUUGCCAUGGCUAAUGCUGUGUUCUUUUGCUCACACUUAAUAACUAAAUGAAUACUUCUAAAUGGCAUUUUCAAUUCUCUCUGACUGUCUAGCUUUUAUUUUAGUUAUUGUUAGUUCUCAAAGAUUAGACUAUUUAUAAAUAUAUAGGUCCAUUAUCUUUUAUACAUAAUUUAUAUCUGUUUUUGUUGUUUAAGUUUACACUUCAAGCGUUUUUUCCAUCCCGAAAAUGUAUUUAAAACAUUUUUAAAACACUGUUUGGAUUUAGGCAACCGAAAAAAUGCUUCGGCGGCCUGCCCAAGUAUUACAAUGGCAGAAAGAUCCCUGGUGUUGUGUAAGCGGUUACACUGCAGUAGUUCUUCGUGUUCAGUUGGAGUGAAUCAGGAAGGGUCUUUGUUGCCUCUCUGGGUGCGAUCACGCUACAGUGUCAGCAGAGAUUAACAGAAAUGGUGCAGAAUGGAGGAGGGCAGCUACAAAUUGCAAGAAUUGAUGGAGUAUGGUGUGAUGGUGUGCACUGCAUGCCACUGUACUGAACUGUACUGUAGGUGGAGGACAGAGGCAGCGCACUGAGAGAGUGAAGGAGACAAAAUUAUGUCAUUUUUUGACUGCUGUUAAGCCUGUGGUUGCAUUGUUAACUUUGUAGUUUGCAGUAGUCCAACUCAAAACUCCCCUGGAAACUGGAAGAGGUUUUCUCUUCUCUAUAACACCACCAUGUGGUUGAAGGGCAGAAGUGAUGGACAGUAUACUAUAAAUCAGGGGGACCAAAUUAGACAUUCUGUUUUCCUGGGACCCAAGCUUAGGAAAAUAUGCAACUAUACAUAGAUAUCAGUACAUUUCAUUGCCCUUAUACCUAAAGCAAACGUAAUAUAGACAGAAACAAAUAACAAUUAAAUGAAAUACCCAUAUAAAUAUUUAUUAAUGUUUAUUUCCCCCCAUUAAAAACAUUCUUACAUAUCUGUCUAGGUCGGAACUGUUGCUGUUAAAAUACAAGAAAUCACUUUCAUUCUGAACUGGAAUAAACUGAUUGAUCACAUCACACAGAUGUAGACAAGAAAACAUAAGCACAGUCCUAAUGAGAGGUGUGUGGCUGGUUGAAGUUUUCAACAAGCAUGUCUAUUCUGGGCUCAGUUUUUGACAGUGCAACACUGAGGUCAUGCUCAACAUUGAGACUGUUUAUGUACUUGUUUUUUAAGUAUGCCAGAGUUGAGAACCCUGACUCGCAUAGGUAUGUUGUGCCAAAAAGGAUCAGAACAUCUACUGCUUUCUCAGGCAGGCAGCUUCCUGCUGUAGAUGUGGAACCCAGAACUGUGUGAGUGUGUUUGCCUCAAAAAGCAUCUUGCUUCAAUCAGUUUAUUCCAGUUCAGAAUCAAAAUUAUUACUUGUAUUUUAACAGCAACAGUUCCAACCUAGACUUGUUUUCAACAAUAAUUUCUACAGUAAGAUGUACAGUAGACCUGAUCAUUUUUCAUCUUCAUCUGUACUGUUACUAAGGGUUGCACUAUCAGUAGCUAGCUACUUGCUUUGGCUAACGUUAGCUAUUAGCUGUGAACAAGGCCAGGGGAUUGUUUGAAAGAGAAACUCACAUCUACUACUAUGAGAGCUAGUACUCCCUUAUUUCUGCUGAUCAUCACCUGUUAUAAAAUGACAACAAUGCCUUGCUAGCUGACUUACUUUUCCACUGUCGAAGCAGUUUCCUGAAGCAUUCUGCCCUGUUCUGAAAGAACUCCCUGGGUUUACCGUCAUGCUGUGGAUGUUUGGUCAGGACGUGUCGUUUUAUUAAUUUGUUCGUUUUGAGAGACUCAUUACUAAGCACUUCCCCGCACAAAACACAUUGUGGGCGCACGUAGUUAUUUCUCAAAGUUUGUAUGAAAGAGAGAGAAACUCAUCUAUUUGCGUUUCAUGACGAUUGAGCUCAGUCAGAACUUGGGGCUAUUAUGAGUCCAUUUGAUGACAGCGGUGAGUGAUGGCGAGUGGGAAUGACAAUUCAGUGGCUGACAGCGCAUCAUCUGCAGCUGAACGACAGCUCUGCAGCGUCUGGGCCGCGGAGUGAUCUACAAGAGAACCGCGAAGCACACCCUCUCCCACUCGCGCAGCUGCCAAACUGAGCAGAGACCGCUGCUAAGCAGAGAGCGCACUGAACAGAGUGCGCAGUUGCGCUUGGCCAAAUAAAUUCCAGUAAUUAAUUAAAUAAUUGUACAUUUACUCUGACACGUCGCGACCCACCAUUAACAAGAAGUGGGUCGCGACCCAUACUUUAAGAAUGGCUGCUAUAAAUCAAUGAUAGUGUAGUAAGUACUGUAACUACAAACCCACCAGUUGUAAGAUAGCAGGAAACAUAUUUCUCACGUCUUUCUCUCUCUCUCUCUCUCUUUAGUAUGUAUCAUGAUUUUUAUUAUGCAAUUAAGAUAGUUUAGUAUGAAUUUGAACUGGAAAUAUGUAUGAGGGUGAAAUUCACCGAUUGCCUCUUAGUGGACCGAUAAAACAUAAUGCUGGUUAAAACCUCUUAUGGAUCGGACCCCUUUUUUCAAUUUUCGCCUAAAAUGACAUACCCAAAUCUAACUGGCUGUAGCUCAGGACCUGAAGCAAGGAUAUGCCUAUUCUUGAUACCAUUUGAAAGGAAACACUUUGAAGUUUGUGGAAAUGUGACAUUUAUGUAGGAGAAUGAAACACAUUAGAUCUGGUAAAAGAUAAUACAAACAAAAAAACAUGCGUUUUCAAAUAUUUUUUGGGUUCCAUCAUCUUUGAAAUGCAAGAGAAAGGCCACAAUAUAAUAUUGCAGUUUAGGCGCAAUUUAGAUUCUGGCCACUAGAUGGCGCCAGUGUGUGCGCAAAGUUUCAGAUUGAUCCAGUGAAGAAUUGCAAUACUGGACAAUUUUGUAUCAAGUCUGCCCAAAUGUGCCGAAUUGGUCAAUUGAUAAAUUUUCAAGUACGUAACUAUAGAGAACAUACAAAAAGGAUAUGGUAGUACAAAAUGUAAGUUUACACACUCCCAGGAAUGUCAUACAUGAUGGAUCAUUAGCAGGGACGGCUUGUUCAAUAGGGCGAUAUGGGCGACGCACUGCCAAACGGGAAAAGGAAGGGAUUUUUUUUCUAAUCAAUUAUAAAAAAUUUAAAAAAUAAAAAAAUAAUAUUUUUUUUUUAUACAUUUAUAAAAAAUUAUAUCACGGCAACAGCAGUUAUCAGUGUUCACGUCUGAUCUGACAGCCACUAAAUUUCAAAUCAGGCUAAAGUCGUGCUUCAAAUGGCCCCGCCCGUUUUUUGGGCGAUUUCAGUCAGGUUGAAAAUCGCCCAGAAGUCUCUCAUAGCCUGUCAUGUAAAAUCUAUUUUUUUCACAUUUCAAAGCUUUCAAUACAUUCUCUAUGGGUGUCUGUGGGCUUGCACUUACGCGCUUUCGUCAUACAUAACGUAACCACGAAUGAACGUAACUAAGAAAAGACCAGGUAGCAGCCUCAAUCAAUUCACUACUACUAUCAAAAUGGCUAGGCUUCAGUCCAACUCGAUUGUGUCUUUGAAAGAAGUUCCUUUUUGUCGGCGAACAAAUUAAGAUAAAUUGGCAACGAAACAAUUAGGACCUCCCAGACCAAAUUUAAUAAUUCAACAGGUUUCUACUAAAGGCGGAAAGUCCUACACCCGAGGAUUUUCCAAAAAUUGGUACGAACGAAAAAAGACAUUGCCACUCACUCAACUGGAUGACGAGGGAUACAGGCUAGCUGUCCGCCGCCACAACGAUGAGGUUAGUGUUGAUAAUCACAAGUUUACUGGAGAGAACUGAGACCAAGUAGAGACUUUGGACAGGGUGGAUAUGGUGUAAUAAAGGCAGUUUAUUCAGAGGUAAAUAUAUCUGGAAUCGCGUUCACGGACCCGUUCGUCAAACUCUUAGGGAGCUAUAAAUUAAGCCCCAUUACUUACCAUAUCAGAUAAGAGAAAUUGCUGCAGCUACAUAUAUUUUACAUCCUGGCCCUACAUAGUUCACUAUUUGCAUCACUUACCAAAAUAUUACAUGUGGUCAUAUAUGCUUGGAAAGUGGAGAUGCCAUAGAACGUCAAAAAAGUAAACAUUGCUGGAGACACAUUGUCGUUUUGGAGAAGACAUCGCGUUUGCUAGCGAAGAGAUUUGUUGUGGCAAAUGAACUUGGGCUGGGAAUUGCCAGGAACCUCACGAUAAGAUAUAUGCAUCAGCAUUGCGAGUCUCAUGAUUCUAUACGUAUUGCGAUUCGAUACUGUGAUUUUAUUGCGCACCAUAUGUCUGUUGCAGAGGGAUCAGAAAGCCAUGAGAACGAGUUUUGAUCAGUCAUGGAAAUAAAAGUGCUGAAAACUAAUUGGCUCCCAAUGUGAAAAGAUUGAGAACAAGCUAUGAAGGAACAAUAAUGGUGUUUUGGUGCAGGUACAGCCAACUAGCGCAAAAAUAUUGCGAUAUUGUCAAUACAGUAUAUCGUAAAGUAUCACUAUGUAACUCGAUUUCUUUCACCCCAAUCCCUCAAAUUAACGGUAAAUAACUGAAUUGUUUGCCCCACAUUUAGCUAAGAUGAUUAGCUAGCCAGCUAAAAUGUUUUAUUUAGUUAGCAGUCGCAUCUACAAUAGUUUACUGUCAAUAACAUGUCUCCAAAAAUGACGUGGUGUCUCCAAUUGUGUUGACAUUUGACAAUUGCAAUGCGCAUCCAUGAGUAUCCACUUUCUGUAGCUCAGCUGGUAGAGCAUGGUGCUUGUAACGCCAAGGUAGUGGGUUCGAUCCCCGGGACCACCCAUACACAAAAAUGUAUGCACGCAUGACUGUAAGUCGCUUUGGAUAAAAAGCGUCUGCUAAAUGGCAUAUUAUUAUUAUUAUUAUUAUUAUUAUCUGAAGAGAGCCCCGAAACAUUGUGUGCAGACAUUUUAUGCAAUAAAUGAAGUAGGUUCAAUCUAGUAGUUCUGAUCUUCUGAUUGGUCCUGAUGAGUUGGGCGAGGUCACCUCCAGGCUACUGUCACUGUUGCAUUGGCUCUGAGUCGGGUUCUCUGUCUUCAAAUGUUCAGCCUAAGAGAGGGGAUUUUUGUGUGUGUGUGUGUGUGUUUAACAGUGAUGAUGUGUGUGUGUGUGUGUUUGUGUGUGUGUGUGUCCUCAGAGCAAGAACUUGUGAGUUGGAAGAACUGAGAGGCCUAUGGCGUGGGUGUUGUCCUUGGCCACCUGCUGACAAGGCUGACAAGAUAGGACCCUUUUGUCCAUUGUUAUUGGAUAGGAACAGAACUUAUAACCAGCUCCUGACCUAAAUAGAUCUUAGCACAACAUUUUACUCAACAUAUCAUAUUCCAUAUUCACUAUAACAAAUAUAUUUACUACGACAUUAGCAAGAACCGCCACAUCCUCAGCCGGCUAAUCCAGUGUGUGAAGUUUUGCGGAGUGUUUGAGUUAGCUUUGCGAGGCAAAGAUGAAACUGAGGGCUCCACCAACCCUGGUAAGCCAACACUUUUGAGAUCAGUCAAUAAAUGCUUCUGGUAUUGACUUAUAUGCUGCCCCUGUCUUCAUGUUGUUGCUGGACAUAUCUUUUUUUAAAAUGUGUGUAGGUCACCUAAAUCAUCAGAAAAAUUGCCCCUCCUGAGAAUUUUUUCAGGAGCCGCCACUGAUCAUUAGCUUAAACACUAACUUUCACACAUCUAGUUGGCCGGGCGGGGUGGGUGUGGAGCCAGAGACAGCAGGGGUUCAAACUGUAGAACCCUAGAACCCAGUUCCUACAUUUGAAUAUAAAAAUUGAUUUUAUCAAACAAAACUAUGCUACAUUUUAUUUCUGGGACCCUUAGGAUGACAAAUCAGAGCAAGAUUACUGAAUGUAAGUACAUUAUUUACCUUCAGAGGUGAAUGUAUCAAACGAGUUGCUGUGCUAAGUUUUUUGUUGUUGUGCACUCUCCUCAAACAAUAACAUGGUAUUUUUUCACUGUAAUAGCUACUGUAAAUUGGACAGUGCAGUUUGAAGAACAAUAAUUUAAGAUUUCUGCCCAUAUAAGACAUGUCUAUGUCUGCUGUUACUCACAACAGUCAUGCUAAUCAUAUUAGCGCACGUUAGAUCAACCGUCCCAUAUACGGGACACCGAUCCCGUAGAGGUUAAUGCAGUAUACUAAUAACCUUCUCUUCCUGUUUUCUCUCCAUUGAUUGGUCACCCAUACAGAGACAGCAUCAUCAUCAGCAUCACCAACUGUGCGACCAGUGUGUAUGCAGGCUUCGUCAUCUUCUCCAUUCUGGGCUUCAUGGCCCACCACCUGAACGUGGAUGUAUCUGAGGUGGCCGACCACGGCCCCGGCCUGGCCUUCGUGGCCUACCCAGAGGCCCUCACUCUGCUGCCCAUCUCCCCCCUCUGGUCCCUGCUUUUCUUCUUCAUGCUCAUCCUGCUGGGCCUGGGGACACAGGUGAGUCAGUCAACCACCAUGACAUCCUGUCUGUGUCCCAAAUGGCACCCUAUUCCCCUAGGGCUCUGGUCAAAAGUAGUGCACUAUGUAGGGAAUAGGGUGCCAUUUGGGACGGAACCCCUGUCCAAUGGGACUACUUUUCGAUGUCAUUUAAAGCUGGAAUCCUUAAUGGUGAAACUGCCACGUCCGUUUGCGAUAUUACAACAACAAAGAAGUUACUGCAAACAAUGAACACUGUUUUUUCCCUCUGACAUUAUUGCACGCGCGAUAGAACAGCAGAAAAUGUACUGCACAUAUUUUUACCACGAUGUGCGACGCUCCUCACCUCCGCUUCGUCAACAAAACAAAAACAAUAACAACGGCCGUGGGGCAGACAGUAGUGCUGUCUUCCCAAAUAGUCAGUGGGGCUCAACUUGACACGUUGAUUUUGGAGGGAAAAAAAUUGUUGGAGAAAGUGGGUUUUUGAGAGAAGUCAAUGCUGAGUGUUGACCUGUCAAUGUGUCCCUGUGUGCAGUUCUGCCUGCUGGAGACCCUGGUGACGGCCAUCGUGGAUGAGAUCGGUACUGACUGGAUCAUUAGGAACAAGACGGUGGUCACAGGAGGAGUGGCUAUAGUGGGCUUCCUGCUGGGGGUGCCGCUCACCACACAGGUAAUGGACAGGAGAUGUUUACACACACACCAACAACCAUACACACAAACAUACACAUGCAUGCACACACACACAUAAACACACACUUAAUUAUCCAGGCACAAAUGUUCAGGAUGUAUACUGAUGUUGUGUUCUCCACCUGUGCUCUCAUGUAUUUAGGCUGGGAUCUACUGGCUACUGCUCAUGGAUAACUACGCUGCUAGUUUCUCUCUGGUUAUCAUCUCCUGCAUCAUGUGCAUCUGCAUCAUGUACGUCUAUGGUGAGUCCAACUGUCUUUCCUCGAUUAUAAAUGCCUAUCGUCCACAAUGCUCUCCAAGGCUAUUGGUGAAAGUGAAUCAAACUGACUGGAACGGAAUGACUGACAACAUGCUGUACUGUUUGUGUUCAGGACACAAGAAAUACUUCAAGGAUGUUGAGAUGAUGCUGGGUUUCCCCCCUCCCAUCUUCUUCCGGGUCUGCUGGAGAUUCGUGUCGCCCAUCAUCAUAUCUGUAAGAGAAUUUCAUCAGCCUCCUCCCCAGUAGCUACCACCCAGUGCCUCCUUGUUGACAUGUUUUAGAGGCUUGACCUGCUCUGCAUUCCAUUACACUUGUCUAAUCCUCGCUAAUCCGUAUUGCUCAACAAAACUGUCAUGCAAAACACCUGCCAGAAUACCAGAAUGACCUAGGACACACACAAGUGAUCACUUAAGAUAUGUACUGGAUGAGGAUUGAAAUAGGGUAUAUUCUGUUAAAAGAAAUGACUUGACCCUGAUGAUCCCUCUUCUCUCUUUGCAUUUGCAGUUCAUCCUGAUCUUCACAGUGAUCCAGUACAAGCCCAUCACCUACAACGACUACGUGUACCCUGGCUGGUCCUUAGCCAUUGGCUUCCUUAUGGCCAUGUCCUCAGUCACAUGUAUACCCAUCUACGCUCUCUACAAGAUCUCCAAGUCUGAGGGAACCACAUUUUUAGAGGUAAAAUCCACAGGAUCUCUGUUUAGAGCUCUGUCUGUCUUUAGUGUUGGAAGCAGACAUUGUUCGCACUAGUAGUGGAAGUGUUUCCGUUUUUUCUGUUAAAUGACACAUUUAAGGUCUUUGAACUGAAAGAAAUGAAGGAUCGUAAAUGAGAACCCGAUUGGUGUCAUGUUAUUCCAUAACUUGCAUUACAUCACUUUCUCAACUUCUUUACCUGCCUCUAAUUAGCAAUAAAUAAUAAACCUGUGUCCCUCCCAUCGCAUUGACCUCUGACCCUUUACCCCUUACAGCGGUUGAAGAAUUCGUGCAAGCCGGACAUCAAGUGGGGCCCGGCCCUGAGUGAGCACCGGAUAGGCCACUACGCCGCCCCAGUCUCAGAGGGAGAGGUGGAGGUGCGUCCCCUGAAAGAGGAGCUGAAGGAGAAGGAGGAUGAGAAGAGGGAUGAGAUCAGCCUCACCAUCCAGGGCAGCAACGGCUCCACAGCACACAACACUACCCCCAGCGCAUAGAGGCCCCCCCCGGGCCAGCGCCAGCGCCAGCCCCCACCCAACCACCCCUCACCCUUUCUCACCGCACCGUGGGGGAGAACCCGCUCGCUGGAGACCUUUACAUAUUGUAAGGGCUUAUUAUUUCUAACCUCUAGAGAAAUUGGUCGUCAUCCAAAAGAAUUGUACUUCUUGUUUCAACAUCAUUUCAUAAUGCAGUUUCUUAUAAACAUUUGAUUUGUUCUCUUCUUCAUAUUAUGCAGGAGUUGAAGUAGAAAUACACACUGUGUAGCACAAUAGGGGAGGGACAACAUUUUUCUCCUUCAUCUGUAAAGAAAUCCACUCGGAAUUGGCAACUUUUCUAGCGACAGUGCUGGCGGUUUUAAAGCUGGAGACCAAAUGUUCUUUGGAUCAGUGUAGACACAUGGCACCACUCUAGGGAUUGAUCAUUCCCUUCUGUUGUUGUAUCUACCGUAUAGCUUUUGGCUCUCAGUACCCUCUAAUACACUAUAGUCUCCACUACUCAGACUGUUACGUAUGCUGCUUUAGGGUUACCCAGAACAACUCAUACUGGAGUAAGCCAAUGGCUAUUUAGCUACUCCUAAAUAUUUCAUUUCAACUACACAGUAAAGCCAUUGUACUUACAAUGUUGGCAAACAAUUAACAUACAUUACAGCACCAACUCCCCACACACACAGAGAAUGUUGGUCUCCAGCUUUCUGAACAGCCACCCUGACUGAAGCCCAUGAUUUCCUGAUGCCCAUUCUCAGGGUCCCAAAACGAUUUACUACUUACUGAACACGUUCAAUACCUGAGUACAUUUUAUUUGAUUAUGGUAGGCUUUACAUAAGAGAGGGAGCUAAGAAAAAGACAACCAUAACAUGUUCAUACACAAAAACAAAUGGGUGGAUGGAUGCAACUAAGUACAAUAAAGUGCCAUCUCUCUUUUAGUCUUCCAGGUAUUUCCGUGGGAAAUGCAUCUCACGAUGUGGCAUCUCACUUGUGAAGGGAACGUUUAAUUGACGACAGAAGCAGCUACAGAUGUAGGAUCUUAAUUUGACCAGUUUCUAACAGCAGGAAAAUAAUCAUG